UCUGGCAUUACGACCCUACUGGUGUUACCAAUUAUCGAAAUUAUGCCGACAAAAUGUAAAUUGUUUUCUUGGAGUGCAUACAAGCCAUCAAUAAACGCAGAUUACUACACAUCACAUCAUCUACAUUCUCUUGCAUACUACAAGCAAAUCGAUCAAAACUGCUUCGAUCUCCAAUACCCGCACAGUCGCAAUACACGGAGCCAGAUAAUAUUGAGCCGACUGGUGGACCUGAAACAAAAGCAUGCUCCAGAGUGCUCUGUAUAGUCGAUGUAAAUGGUUGCCUGCCUAGUGCGAGUUAAGUGCAUGUUAAAUCCAAAAGUGCAUCAAACAAAGCAUGUCCUUACUGAUGGUGCAAAUUAGGAUCACGAAUAACUGAAGGUGAAUGCACCAUGUGCUGACCACGUGCCAGUGGUCAAUGAUCAAUACCAUCUUGCACAAACAGGAACCACAUAGGCCAGAUUACGAGUUCUAGACAUCAUUCGGCCCAAACGAAACGGAACGCCGCACAAAAUAGUGUCUGCUGGCAAACCCCGUGAAGCUUGAACAAGCUGAGCCAUUUCCCAACAUAAGGGCGACAAGGCCUUCAACAGAAGGCCUUUUAUUUGCAGCCCACCAAUAUAUUGGCUCUACCACGGCAGCUACCAUCCAUUCCUUGCCGUCCAGGCCGGCCUCAUCACAGGAACGACCACCAACUGCAUAUCGUCGACCGCUGGAGCAGCGAACGACGAGUGCACGUGCACACAGCCCUUUCAAGAGCCGAGUACAGACUGUAGCGUUGCAUGGGAACCCGAAGGCUGAGAGUGGUGCAUUACGCUGGAAACUCUCUCACACGACACAGGACCAUGCGACACCGUUCGGUGUGACUCCAGGAGCCGUGCGACAUUUUAUGGCUUUGCGUGAGAGCGAGAGAGUGUUGCGGGUAGCAGUGUUGCGAGGCUAGUUGCAUAGCUGGUGCAGGGAGGGAUCAACGACCGCCACAACAUCGCCGAUGCAGCGAAUGCAGCAAGGGGCCCCCACCGGUUCGUGAUAGGCUUAAGACGAAUGCCAGAAAAGUAUGUAGAAUAGAUAUAAGUUAAUCAUGAGCGGUCAGUUUCAUUAAGUAACAACUUCAUCCCUUGUCAUUUAUAGUUAGAAUUGAGUCGAUCAUUGCUUUUCCCAUUGCCUUGGCCAAUCGGCUGCUCGCACGUCUCAAACAAUUUGAGUGGCUAGCCGGAAUAGCAAAACUUUGAGCAUACAGGUGUGUUACCACCCGAUUGACCAUUUUUUCCCUCAGUGGUCAUUUAGUUUAGAGAUUUAGCAUUUUUGCGUUGCGCUCCAUUAGACAGAAUCCUACACCUAACAGGAAAACUGUCACAUUGGCGCCCAGACUAAAAAACCCACGUUCGCGUUCGGUUGUCUUCGCGUACGCGUCUGUCAAGUGAGUGAUCAGCGAUUGGGACAGUGUAGUGAGCUGUGCAGGUGCAAGUGCAUCACAAUGGACUGGAAUCAUCUUACACCGGAGGAGAUAGACUUCGAGCUUCUUUUACGCAACACGACGGGAAUUCGAGGAAAGGAUCUGGACUGGAAAAUCUCAAGAUUGCAGCAGCUUAUCGACCGAGAGAGAAAUGGGACGCCGGCACCUAGUUAUUCAUCUCACGUGGCAUCAGACAUGGACAGCAUAUACCACUGCCAAACAACACUUUCUCCAAUCUUUCUCGCCUUGAACACAGCCUUCAAGCAAGGAAACAAAAUCCAGGUGGCAUCAUUGAGGUCAAGAUUACUGCAUUACAAGUUUAGGCUUUCGCUCAUAUCGGACUCCAUGAUCUUGGAAAAUGCAAAAAAAAUCUGCAGCAAAAGUUUGCAACGCUCUUCAACAAAUCGAGGAAUUCCUGCAGGAGAAUACCACAGGCGCUCACGAUGGAAAUGGAGAUCCUGAAGACCUUCCUAGUGACCCGGAAACACUGAAGCGGUUGAAAAUUGCUCAGCUCCAAUCAAGCAUCGACGAAGCAGGGAAGCAGCAAAAACUAUUAGAACGAGAACUUCAACAAGAACUACAAAAUGAGAACAUUCAGCAAGGCUCUUCAAAUCAGGAUAAAAGGAUUCUCGAUACACAUCAACAACAACAAUUCCUCGAUCAAAAACAACAACAGCAGCAGUUCAUACCGCAGCAAUCUCUUCAGGAUCCUCCCGAACUCCGUCAACCUCCAAACCAUCAAGAGCAACGUCUACAGCAUGAACAACAGCAAGGAUUUCAGCAAGAGCAGAGCCUUCAUCUGCUUUUGAAUCAGAUGCAAUUGCAGCAGCAACAGUUGGAGCAGCAACUUCAGCAGGAGCAACACAGACGACAGCAAUUAGAAUGGCAGUUACAACAUCAGCAGCAACAGCAAGCGAACCCCGCCCCAAACUACACCUAUGGAUCCAUAUCUGGAUACUGGGGUCCUCAGAUACAGCGAGAAUCCGGGAUGGCUCAAGAUUCCCGCAGAAACAUUCCAACACCACCAGCUGGCGUCUUAUAUAGGCCUAAUACACCGAGAUCCCUUCAACAACCUAUUUCCAAUCGGUUUCAGCAACCAGUUCACAAAUGGCCAUUCGAAUACGCUGGAGAAAACAACAUCGUGAAGUUAGGAGAAUUUUUGAAUCAAGUGAAUACCUAUGCCGUCACGGAAGGUAUGGAUGACCAAUCACUACUUCGCUCAAUCAAGCAUCUUCUGAAAGGCCGUGCUCUUCAGUGGUACACACGCUCGUACCUCGAUCUAACGACAUGGGAGAUCUUCAAAGCGGAGAUCAAACAGGAGUUCUUGCCUCCAAACUAUUCAGAGAUAGUCAAACAAGAUUUGUAUUUACGAUUCCAGGGACCGAAUGAGCCGUUCACAAAUUUUUAUAGAGAUUUGGUGGCGGCAUUCGAAAUCGUAGAACCGGCAAUUUCAGAAGCUGAGAAACUGUUUAUUCUGAAAUCACAUUUGAAUUCGGAUUUUUCGCCGAUCGCUGCAGCCUCGCGAUCCACCUGUGUCAGAGAUCUCGUCACAGUAUGCAAGGAUUUUGAGGUGUCACGGUCCUACUCUAUUCGAGGACGUGCUCCAGCAACUGCACGAGCGUUAGCGUCUCGCCCUGAACAGACCAUAUCCCAGCGGCCGGUCUUAAAUAGAAUGGAGAGUGUUAAUCGGCCCCUGCAAAAUAGACAAUUUGGAGCCGCACAAGUCAAUAUGAUGGAACUGAAUCAAGAUGUAGAGGAAGAACCGGAUUCAGCAAAUAUCAUGGAACGAGAAGCCUUCCAGCUAGAUUUGGCUUUCCGAAACGAAGCAGCGAGAAACUCGGUGGAAGAAGUGAGCGCUCUGCGAGCGACCAACUGGAGAGGGCGAUCGUCUGAAAAUGUACCUCAAGCAUCGGCUGGAGAAAUCAGCAGCAGAGAUUUAGCAACAGCAAUCAUCUGUUGGCAAUGCGAGAGUCCUGGUCAUACCUACUUAAGAUGCCCUAACCCGAAACGUUUUCUUUUCUGCUACAGCUGCGGAAAGAAGGGUUGCACUACGCGUAACUGCGAUGCCUGUAUCUUACGUUGGCGACAAUUAGAAGCCCACAAUGCCUCUCAGGUUCCGGGAAACCGGAAUUGGGAGAACCCGCAGUAAAGGGGGUGGGAUCUCCCGAAAAGGUUGACGUUCCCUUACUCAACAACAUUCCCGCUUUCAAGAAAGCGGAAUC